UAAAAAAAACAUGACAGAUCAGAGAUGAACAGCCGCUGGAAGGAUCGCCGCGCGGUAAACAACCCGUGACAAAACGAUUGCAAUCUAGACUGCAUUGUUGAACUGCUACUGACUCGAGACAAGUGGGAAUCCCCUUGGAUUUAUUGCGACAUUGUGGAAUUCUGCAACUGCAGACAAAUUUGUAAACAAUUCUGAGGGGAAUAUGUACACAAAAACAUACCGGAUAAAUGGAUUGGCAGACAAGAAUAAGUUAUUCCUCGGAGCAGAGUAGUGACCCCAGUGACAGGUCGGUACCCAUCCAGCACGCAGCCUUAGAUUCCUGGCUGGUACCCGGCAACAGCGGACGCAAGCACUAUGUGGAUGGUGUGGAUCGCCCAGUAACCGUGACAACGGGGAUAGAGGAUCGUCAUAGUACAGUGGGGACGAUGAACGAUAGGCCUACUGUUAGGGUGGGUUCUCCUCUUCACGUGUCUAGGGACGUCCAGACCUACUUCAAGACGUUGGAGUCUCGGCAAUGUCGCACAAGUUCCGUGGGACCAGCUCACACCCUGCGCGUCGAACAAAGGAUACCGGUUGUCCGUAGCGAUGGUCAGGACUCAGGCGUGGAGGACCUAGGGAUGGCGAGCCCCGGCAGCCCCGGCAGUGGGGAUUUGGGGACAAAAACCACCCUGAAUAAAAAGGAGUUCAUGGUGUACAAGCGCGCCCUUCUGUGCGCGCAAUUCCCCGUCCUGAGUGCGCCCCAGCCUACGUCACAGUCCUCAAACCCGCCGUCCCCCUAUGCCUACCCACUCUCCCCGCCCAUGCGCCCCCACAGCUACGCCGGACCCUCAGCAUUCCCCUUCCGGGCCUCCCGCAGCUCCCAGGCGAGGCUGACAUCGGACAACAAGGUCUCAAUGGCCGGGGAUUGUGGGAUGGAUGGGCGGAGCGACGAGGAGAGCGAGGAGGAGGUACUGGUUCAGAACGAGAUGCUGGCCGGCCUGGUCAGGAAGGCGUUCCAACUGAACGAGGAGCGACACCGGUACUACGAUGAGGUCAUCACGGAGGGGUUGAGUCGCAAAGCACCGGCAAGGAUUCUGAUUGAGGAACUGGUCAGCCGGCUGAGCGUUGUGGAGAACAAUAAGCAUCCCUUCUACCAUCCACAAGCUUUUGAGCCAAGAGCGUACGACAUCUGGCAGCAAGGUGAACGUCGGCACAUCGGAGAGCUGAUCGAGAGCUUCUGGCAAUUCUCACUGCCUUCCCCGGCCACCAGCAUGGUCAAGCCCAGUUACUGGCAGAGUGUACAUGAAGAAUACAGGGACCUCAUGGUCAGACUGAUAAGGCUUGACAAGAGGCAAGGAGUCAACAGCUACUCCGCCUCCAUGUUAACCUCAACAUCAAGGAGGUUGCUCAAAGAAUUUGGACUUCGCUACGGUGUGGGCGAAUUGUACAGAAGGAUUGUAUUCCUCGAGUACAUCGCUACUGACGAUCAUUUUGAAUACGAGGUGUGGUACAUGGAGAUGAACUUGAAGGAGUUGAGCAGGCUUUCCAUGCAACUUCCCUUGGCCUCCUUCCAAGCUCGCUUUGUGAUGGUUAGACAAGAGUUUGAACUUCUGCAAGACGUGCUAAGCAAGCUCCAUGAGCACAGUAAACACGGGCUGCAAGGCUUGCUCCAGAGCCCCCAAGACUCCAGCUAUAAAGCAGUUGCUUUGGUGAAUCUCCUGUCUUCCGUUCUGAACCUGAAGGUUCAGCUGACCGGCCGCAAGGGAAACACCCUGGAGCAUUACCUGGAAGGCUACAUCAAAGAAAGUGCAAAGCAGGCUUACCACAGACACAAGCUGAGAUUGGAGACAGAGCUGAAUAUUAACACUUACGUCAAUCCCAUCACUGCCGAACUAGUGGCCAGGCUGGUCGGCUGUGCCCAGGAGGAUGUCCAACGGUGUCUGGACUAUUACCACAAUGUGUUUAACAGAUACAAGCAGAAUAUCGUCAGGCUAGCAGCGGCCACGUUCUACUCUAGUCUCAUGGCGGAUGUCAAUAUUGUCUGCGAGAUGUCGGACGUUGAUAAGGAACUGCACUGUAUUGAUCAGGAACUGUUGGCUUUAGCCCAGAGGCUCAGUGAGCUAGACGCAGCAUGGAAAGACUACAUACCACGCCAAGCACAGCAGUGGAGGCAGCCCAUGCUGGUCCAGGCCAAAUCCUGGCUGAAGACGAUGACAAAACAACUCACCCUUCUCGUGGUCAGAGUUGUAGACACAGAUAAGUUUACAUCAGACUUCAGCCAAGACACACCGUCUGACCCAGAGACCAGUGACCCCAAGCCAGUGUCCCGUCAAACCAGCAUUUUGCGGCACUCGCCUUUCUCUGCAUUCACUGCUGUCAGCUCCUCUGUCGAAAGGUCACCUGAUAGGGUCAGAGGUCCUAAGUCCAGUCAAGCCAACACAAAGCACAAAUCUAGGAAGGCAACUAAACAGGCUAAAGACGUCAGUAUUACAAAACCAGGGGCUGGAGACGGCACCAGUAAACGAGGAUCUGUCCUAUACAUGAACGCUGGUAGCAGUUUGAAACGCACCACAUCCAUGCCAGAGAUUGCCCACCACGAGUCGCUGAGUCGGGCUUCCGGGCUGCGCAGGAACGCAACCGCGGAUGACUUACAACAGGCCGAUAAUGGCAGCGAGAUACGAUUCCAAAACGUAGAAGCUGGAGUUGUGAGCUACUCGCCCAGCAGGCAGCUGGAACCGAAAACUCAAGAUCAGGGAAACACGUCCUCGACAGUCGCGGGAGUUUCUCACCCAAAAGAGGCUGAUGUAUGUACCUCCGGGUCUGAUGAAGAUGUACCAUCGAAAAACGGGAAAAUAUCAGAGAUGGAAUCAUCUAUCUCUGCACGGGACGUCCAAGUUACAACAAGGACUAACAGUGAUGAAGUAUUGGAUGAAACACAGAAAGACAAAACCAAAACCUCCAUGGAUAGCUUGAAUAAUAACAGUAAUGAUGAAGACAAAAAUGGAAGUUCUCCCAGUCCAGAUAUCACUGUAGAGGAGGCGAAUGUAAUAACUAGUCUUAGUUCAGAGCCUAGUCAUGUUGCAGAUAUCACUUCUGAGCAAGACAGUACUUCUAGAACUGAAACUAGUCCUGGUCCAGAGAGAUGUUCUGGAACGGAGACUAGGAGUAGUCCCAUUCCAGAGAGCACUCCUAGUGUGGAGACAAGCCCUAGUCCAGACAGAAUACAGCCCUCAGAGACAAGUCCUGAUGCGGACGCCAGCCCACAUCCGGUGUUUCCAACGAAUGUGGUGACCACAGAACGUUUAGAAAUUGAGGUACUAUCAGAGUCUUGCACAGAUUCUUCCAAGAAAGACAGCAGUGGGGUCCAGCAAAGAGAAGAGUCGACUAGUCCGGCCGUAAUAACCACUCCACAUUCCAGUUCCCCAUCGUCACCGGCCUUCUUGUCCGCCCCGUCAUCUGCACCAGUCAGUCGAUCAUCCUCUGACCCGAGGGCUACCUCCCGUGCCGCCUCGGUGUCCUUCAAGAGGGACUCCGUGAAGCCGGAGGACAGCCGGCCGGCCGGUUUCUCCUCCAGCCUUGUGGACGUCAUGUUCAUGACGCAGCGAAUCAUCGGCUUCAUGCAGAAGCUGAUUGGCAUCCUGUGCCCCGCCGAUGUUGAGAUUCCCCUGGGCCCGGACGGAGACUUCACGGGGUCGUUCAGUGUCAGGUCCUUCUUUGUACGAGUGGGAGCUAUGAAGACAGAGCUGAAAGAGAUAACAGAGGAGGCUAUCAUCAAAUUGUUGAGUCUGUAUGCAAACAACUUGCUGGCCAUGGAUUUGUGUGCUACCGAAAAGGACCAAGUGGACAAGCUUGUGGAAUCAAAGGUGCUUCACGGUGUUCUGCUGAAUCGCCAGGAGUCAAUGCUGAGUCGGUGUCGACAUGAGAAAGAGAGUAACCUACCAUGUGAUUAUUACACGAACAGAGACACCGCAUUGCUGUGUGACAAACAUGAACCCAUAACAAGAAAGAUGUGUGUGAGAAUCAACAACACAUGGAGCAUACUGUGUCUUUUACCCCAGCUGGCAAGCAUGUUGCAAUCACGCCUUCGAGGACGGCCUCCAUCACCCAUUCCCUCGGACGAUGAUCUCCAGAACAGGAUCUACGAUGAGCCCAUAGAGCAUGCCGACAUCGAGGGAUCUACUCUGGCUGAAGGAGAGCACAAAUACCAAUUGAACAGCAUCCUUCAGGCGCAGAUAGAGCUGUUGGCAUACAAGCUGAAUCUAGUCUUGCAGCAGGCGCUGCAUGUCCUCCUCAGCCCGGAGUUCGACGACCUGGCCAUCGCGGACAGGCUUCAACCGCUGACCAGCUGCCUGUUCGACCACCGUGAGGCCCUAGGCCGAUGGCUGACCCCGCCCUGCCUGGCGCUGUUCAUGCAGCGGCUCUGGCUGUGCCUAGUGAGGGACUUUGAGCAGGAAGUGGAAGGAUUGAGAUCACUGAGGGAGCAAGCUGACAGCCAGGCCCUGCUGCUGUCGAGGUCCAUCUCGCACUUGAUUGAGUUCCUGCAUGCCAAGGGAGAGGGUCUGGGGAUCGACCAGCUAGUUAAGCCCGCAGAACUUGUUCUGAACAUGCUCCAACUUCACAGCUUAUCCAGUAAAAAUCUGAUCCGCCUCUACCAAAAGCAGCUGAACAGGGAGAUUGGUGCGGAGGCUAGCUCCGACCCCUUACCUCCAGCAGUCCUGCAGACCAUGUACCAGGCCCUCCAUAAGCAGCGGAAAUGCUUCACUGGGCAUCACAUGGUCAUGUGGCUCAUGGUGCAUUACUUCAAAGCCCAAGAACAGCCAGCAAGCAAAAGGAUAAAAUAUAAACACAAGGCGCAACAGGUGGCGCAGAACCUGCUGGAUCAAAGCUUCAUCCAGCAUGUGGCAUCACGUAGCCAUCCUAUAUCAGAUGUACUCCACGAUGACAUUGGGUUUUCCUCGGACACAAGUGUGACAGACACAACUCCUUACCCAGUUGUCACAAUCGACAGCGUUCCUAAGACCUCCAUCAGCCGGCGUCACAGCCAAGACCUGGCCAACGACAGCUCUGAGGACAGCCUGGAAGCCUCAGCCAUGAUGCAGGAGCGACGCCGGCACACCAAACGCAGGAUCUCAGACUUCUACUCGGAGGAGAUGGAGUCCAGCGAUGACAGCUCCACCUCCAAGUCAGAGGAGGGGUUCCGGAGGACCAUCGUGCUGAAAGCUGACGUCCACGUGUCUGCCACAGUCGACUCAGAUGAUGCCGUCAAGCAGGAUGCUCUCACAUCGUCUAGCCAGCUGCAUUCUCAAGACUCUGGAAGAGAUGCUAGCCCAGGUGAGCAGAAGCAUCCAAGAUGGACUUCACCACCCCAGUCCCAGCCUAAGACUCCUCUAUCAAGGAAGCUCCUGAGAGGUGCCUUCUCAAGGACCAACAACGUCCAACCAUCUCCUUCUUCCUCAUCGUCCUCCAGUAAGCAAGAGUCUUCCUCCCUGCCCUCCAGGCAGACCAAGCCACCGGAGUCACGGCAUCUGUUUGCCGCAGACACCCAGCACUUCUACUACUUCUGCGACGUCGAUGACCUGCUCUUCUACAGUGUUUCUGGAGACUUCACAAGAUCCACUGGGUCCGGGGAGGAGAGGUCCCAAUUCCGGACAGGGAAGCCAUCUGACAAACCCCAUCCACAUCUGAAGCAUCCCGUAGCUAAUGCUGAGUUUCUUCUUGGUAUUCUCCUGUGCAGGCGAAGAAACAGUCGCACGGCCAGAGAGUUCGCCCGCUCUGUUCCCGAUAAAUUCUGGGAGGAGGAAAGCAGCUCUCCCUGCUGUAAUUGUUUCCAGUGAGAUGGCAGUGGUAAACUUCCAACAUCAUAAAAUUGCAGCUUCAGUACUUAUUACUCAAAUCAUAUCUUAUUUAUUCAAUGCUAUCAUUUAAAUGUCACUAAUAUGAGUUCUCUAGAAAACUAGAAUCAGUGACGUGGAUUUAAUACUCAAGGAUAUUUUUUACCAUUUUAUUAAGGGGAGGGAGUGCCAUAGAAUUUCAUGGUGGCAAAAGAGCCCCUCUGUCCUGGUUGAACUGCCACAAUUAGGGAGAUGGUCCUCUAGAAUAUCCUGAACCAAUUCUUUGUGGAUUCUCUGUCCCAUGACAUAAUACAUUCCGUUAACCUAAACCUAAGCUGCUAAGACUCUUGUGUAUUCAUAUCCCUGUCUUGUUCUCUGGAUGGAAGUCAGAGACAUGCGAGCAGCUUCUAGGUUGGUGAGCUCUCACUUGGGGUUAGGUUUACAUUAAUAUUUACUUUAACACAGCUAGAUGCUGUAAACCUCCUGCCCCAAUCACCUAUUAUCAGUACUCUAUACAACUGUAUCAACUGAAGUUUUGUUUUCUUCUUGGUUGGAAUGUACAAUCUCUUGCUGAACACAUUAACAGCUUAAAGGGACCGUGAAGUGAAUAUUUUUUAUAGGAACAUAUUUUGCCCAAUUUUCUAAGCCUCUUAAAUGAAUCAAAACUAUUUGACAUCCCUUUUUGGUUAAUAUUAUUAAAAAGUGCUCUCUAAGCAUUAAAAAAUGUCCAUGCUCUUUCGGAGAACUGAGGGCGCUAUUGCUGUGAUGUCAUUUCAGGAAGACACUGUUCAUUCUAGGUGUUUUCUAUGCAAAUUGUAAACCCGAAAAAUGUGUUCACUGAAAACAUUUGUGCGAAAAAUGUGCUCAUUGGCUUACUGCCAUGUUCUGAAGCAACAACGGUUUUUUUUUGGGGGGGGGGAGUUAAAAUAUUUUAUUUGUUAGUCUUCUUGUUCCAUGCAUUGUCUGUGAAUACCUUCUUUUUUUUGUCAGCUGUGUUGAUUGCUUUUUGUAUACCAAUGCGUUUUUGUUUUUGUAUAUUUUGUACCCCCUACUUUAAAAAAGUAUUUUACACCUGAACAAAAUUAGAAAUAAACUGCAAGAAAGAUAUUGAAAAUAACAUCAUUUAUAUGAAAAUAACAUCAUUUUUACAAAAUGCUAACAAUUUAAUUUAUACUUUAUAUGUAACUUAAAAAGUUAAUGAUUUGCAAUAUAUUCCGUACCAUAUACGAGCACAAUUAUUUCUUUGUGUAUUUUUUCCUAACUGCUGAACAAAAUAAAACAGCCUAAAUUUUUUUUUUUAGAUAUAAUUGUUAGUUUUUUUUAAAGCAUGUAAAUUAUUUUAUUGAACACCAUGUAAUAUGA